AUGGUGUUCCAGGGCCUGGAUUCGUGUCCUCUUCCACCGCUUUACAAUUUCACCAUAUACUUCACCCAUCCGGACGUCAACCCGGACAAUGUUCAGCCAUAUGAGCUCUUCAAGGCGAUCAGAGAAGGCUCCCUACUGGAGAACUUCUGUCACUUCCGCCUCGAGCUAUUUUUCCUACAUGUCCCAAAUGCAGAGGAUUCCGACGAGGCCUGCAUCGCCCACUAUCGUGAGGAAAAGCGCAGCCGGGGAGACUAUACACGUCAGGUCGAAACACUAGGGUUGUCGUCCACUAUGGACAGUGAGAACGGUGCCGGUAGUCUACCCGGCUUGGUACCAAGUUACAUCGAAGACCCGGACACCGAGUAUUACCAUGGUCUUAUCUACAUCUACCGAGGACCUGAUUGGACUACAGACGAACAGUUCUUCGCUCGACCACGGGGCAGAUGA